AUGCGGAUUUUGGACAAUUGUGAAACUCUUGGUCAGUUGUACAGCAUCGUCUCCUCACUUAGCAAUGAGCAUGUGCUGUCUGCAGGCUUUGAUAUCAAUACGCCAGAUAACCUCGGGAGGACCUGCCUCCAUGCUGCUGCUUCGGGAGGGAACGUUGAAUGUCUUAACUUGCUGUUGAGCAGCGGAGCUGACUUGAGGAGGAGAGAUAAGUUUGGAAGGACUCCUUUGCACUACGCAGCCGCUAAUGGCAGCUAUCAGUGUACGGUGACGCUAGUCACUGCUGGAGCCAGUAUUAACGAAGCUGACUGUAAAGGCUGCACACCCUUACAUUAUGCUGCUGCUUCAGACACUUACAGGAGAGCUGAGACUCAUUCAGGAAACAGCCAUGACACUGACGAGGAGCCACUGAAAGAGUCACGACUGAAGGAGGCAAUCUUAACCCCAUUGAUGUUGGCCAUCAUGAACGGCCAUGUAGAUUGUGUCCACCUCUUAUUAGAGAAGGGAUCCACUGUGGAUGCAGCAGACAGGAGAGGCAGGACUGCACUGCACCGGGGGGCUGUUACUGGCUGUGAAGACUGCCUUGCAGCACUGCUGGACCAUGAUGCCUUUGUAUUGUGUCGGGAUUUCAAGGGCCGGACCCCGAUCCAUUUUGCCUCGGUGUGUGGGCAUUCUGAAAUCCUGAGGACCUUGCUGCAGGCAGCGCUCUCUACUGACCCUCUGGACUCUGUGGUGGACUAUAGUGGCUACUCACCAAUGCACUGGGCUUCUUACAGUGGGCAUGAAGAUUGUCUUGAAUUGUUACUUGAACACAAUCCAUUUGCAUACAUAGAAGGAAACCCCUUUACUCCAUUGCACUGUGCAGUAAUUAACAACCAGGAUGGCACUGCUGAAAUGCUUGUAGAAGCAUUGGGUGCCAAGAUUGUUAAUAGCAGAGAUGCCAAAGGAAGGACCCCCCUUCACGCUGCUGCCUUUGCAGACAACAUCCAUGGUUUACAGCUGCUUUUGCGCCACCAGGCUGAGGUAGACAUGACUGACCAACUGGGAAGGACCCCUCUUAUGAUGGCUGCUGAGAAUGGCCGGACAGCAGCUCUUGAGUUUCUGCUGUACAGAGCAAAAGCAGAUCUAACUGUGCUGGAUGUCAACAAGAACACAGCUCUUCACCUGGCCUGCAGUAAGGGUCAUGAAAAGUGUGCCUUGUUGAUUCUGGGAGAAACCCAAGACCUUGGCCUUAUCAAUGCAACUAACAGUGCUCUGCAGAUGCCACUCCAUAUUGCAGCUCGAAACGGACUGGCCUCUGUUGUUCAGGCUCUGCUGAGCAGAGGUGCCACUGUGCUUGCUGUGGACGAAGAAGGCCAUACCCCAGCCUUGGCUUGCGCCCCCAACAAGGACGUUGCCGACUGCCUGGCACUUAUCCUUUCCACCAUGAAGCCUUUUCCACCUAAAGACGCCAUCAGCCCUUUCAGCUUCAACCUCCUCAAGAACUGCGGCAUUGCUGCCAAGACAGCGGCCUGCAGUGCCCUGCCCAACGGAAACAGCUGCCCCUACACCAAGGAUAGGCACAAUGCCAUCGGCUUAGAUGGCUGUUACUCGGAGUAGCUUAAAAACUAUGAUGGGUGAUCUAAUAUCUUCUGUUUAUUUAGAAAUUCUAUAAAUAUAGGACACUUUAAAUGAGAACAAGACUGGAGGGACCUUCCAAAAUGGCCUGGGUACCAAAAAAAAAAAGAGAGAGAGAGAGAGAGAGAAGAUGAUCUCGGCUUCUGCUUCCUAUCUAGACUCUUGAUUGACCACUAGCAUCUCUUGCCAUUAAAUAAAACUGACAGGCAAUGAUGUGGUACUCAAAUUCAACUGCAUGUGAACGCUUGCCUCCAGUCGCUGUCACGGCACUGAAAGCAGGUUUCAGAUCCUCUGCUCUUCAUGCAAACAUGGUGGCAUUCUUUAAAAAAUAUCAUUAGCAAUUCAUUCCGCCACCCCACUCAAAAAUUUGACAUUGGAUUGGAAUUCCUUACAUUGGAUGGCUCUAUCUUAUAAAUUUACUCUUUGAAGUCUGAAAAAGUUGCUUUAGUUUUGAUUGCCUCUAUUCCUUUCCCAGGGGCAUAGUUUCUGAGCUUGUGGUUUCCUUGGAUAUGCUACAUGGCCACCCAUUUAAACUCCCUUUUCCACUGGAUUGAUGCUCCUGAGAACAGAAUCAAAUUAACUUCUCAUAUGGGCUUGCCGAAUAAGGAGGGCAUAGCUCUCAAGGGUAGGGUGCCAGAUUGGAAACUCAGAGCAGCUGAAAGUCGACCCACCUGAAGCUUUCUCAUCUAUUCAGCCACCUUUGCUGUUGUGAUCAUUUUCUCCACGUCCCUUACUGAUGGCAUUCGUUAUGUAGGCCAAGCGUGGCCAACUCUGGCGCUUCAGAUGUUCAUGGACUACAAUUCCUGUCAGCCUUGGCCAUGCCAGCAGGGGCUGAUGGGAAUUGUAGUCCAUGAACAUCUGAAGCGGCAGAGUUGGACACCCCUGAUGUCGGCCAUGGAAGCUAGGCAGGGAGCAGAAGCCUGAGUUUCUUGCAUGCUUUAUUUGGCAUUAGGGGGUUGACAAAUAAGGGGACUGCCACGGGAGGGCAGCAGCACCUGGCAAAGUGCCACUAUAACUGCUCCUUCUAUGAUGAUGAUGAUGAUGAUGAUGAUGAUGAUGAAUUUUUUUUCCUGUUUUGUGUUUGUCGUGCUUAUCCCUUUUGAUUCCAGUGAAAACACUUGAAUUGAGAACUACUGUACCUGGGAUACUCUGAUACCGUCGGCAGCUUGUACUCCCUUGUAUGCAAAAUGGGAGCUGCUGCCCUGCCCAACGCGGUCCUCACUGAUAACUUGUGUAUGCGCUGCCCGAAUCAUCCCUACCAUAUCAGGCACUUUAGGGAUAUUCUCUUUUUGGAGGUUUUUUCUUUUCUUCCCCAGAGGAUGGGGGGGUACCAAAACAUUGGAUCCCCAAAGAGAAUUUCCUUCUUGGGUUUCCCCCGCUUUUCUGUGUUAUGCAGUGUUUCCACAUUAGACAAGUCAGUGUUGCUUUUUUUAAAAAAUAAAUUUAUAAAGAAACAAAAAUUUACCUUUUUAAAAACAGCAAAAAAAGCUUUCUGCAAGUAUCAUCUUUUUAAGGAAAACAAUGCACUUCAAAAACUUACUUACAAUCCUACGCUUGUAUUUAUAAUUAUUCCCCACCCCACCCACCCCAAAUAGAAUGUCAUCUAACAGGUUUCAUUAGGGAGCGCACAUGUGUGUGCGUUUGUAGGUAUCUCUGUAGGGUUAGUGUGUUGGGGUUUUUUUUUAAUUUUAAAAAAUUAUAUUUAUAAAAAUGCAGGCUUUGUGCAUUUUGAGUGUGUGCACUUUCUUCUGUUUUGUACUGUAAGUUUUAUCAUGUGUAGAAACUAAUGAAAAUUCACCAUAUCACAUGAAUCUUCAAAGCCAAAGAUUGGGGUGUAGCAAUCAGAUGAGGGCAAAUCUUUUUUUUUUUUUUAUCCAACAGUCUUUCCCCGUCUUACAGGGCUGCGCUGGUUCUUGCACUGCAGCCAGCAGAAUACAUACAAGACUUGCAAAAUGAAUCAUUCCAAGACUGUACAUGUUUGAAUCAGUGAGCCAUUGGGACUAGAGUACCUUUUAAGACAACUAGCUUUUAUAUUCCUAAACCCCUUCCUAUGAAAACUGCUAGACUGUUAAUGGAGAAAAAUAUGAACUAACUGUACACUUUAAUCGCCCUGCUUCAUGGUGAGUUUUUCAGUUGUUUUUUUAAAAAUACAUUAAGUUACAAUUUCAUUAACCAAAAAAUUUGAAUUGAAAGCCAAUCUUUUGUUGUUGUUGUUUUUACACUGUCCAUAUGAUAUCGAGUGAGUACCAUAGCCAUUUCCAUAGCCUCACUUACCUAGGGCUGGUCAGUUUUCCAAUUGGAAACCAGCCAGUUGCGGGGGGGGGGGGGGGGGUAUCUGCCAGAGAAGAGGUUAAUCUAGAUGUGAAAGUCAAAAACAAAUCUGACAACAAGAAAACCCUUUUGGUAUUAUAUAAUUUACCAAAGCCAACCCCUUAGAGCCAAAUAUUUGAAGCUGCAAUCUUGUCCUUUGGUGAACAGUUCUUGUUUUCUAAAAAAAAUAUUCUCAGUUCUCAUUUUAUUUCCAUUUUAUUUAGUCUCCACCAAAUGGACGCUGUCUUCCCUACAGACCACUGCUUAUCAUCCCAAGUCAGCUGUUUUAAACGCAAGAGGAACGUUUCAUUAGUUUGCUACCUUUGGAUAGGUUGCAAAAAUCGGGGGCCUUAAGGUAGCGUGUUCUAGUCUUCUAAUGAACCCAGCCAUUUCCUUCAACAAAGCCUUCCACAAAGACUAGGGCGCUACUAGCUUAUCUGUUUCUUUCUUUGAUGCCCAAGGAAUUUUGAGAGAUCUUUUUUCACUUUUGCAGCUGCUCCAUGUAAGCAUAUCGAGUUUUACGGCUCUUGCGGAAAAUGCACUUGCCAAAUAGCACAGCAACAGUCUGUUGCAAGUUGGCCAUUAAUUUCUUAGCUGCACUGUGCUCAAGUAAGUUUUCUCUGCCCUCAGUUGCUCCAAGUUCUCUACCUUGAAAGAAAGUGUUAACCUUUCUGCACCAAAUACCUCACAUGGGAAUAGAAAUGAACAAAACUUGAAUGGAAAGGUCCCUCUCUCCCAUCUGCCACCCCGUGCUGUUUAACACAGAAAGGUCCAUUUCAGUACUCUGCAGAGGGAGAGCUGGAAAUAAUUUUAAAGCCUUGUUUACAUUGUAGGGUUUUGUUUUUAUGGUACUGGCAACUUGAAACUUUUUCUAAAUAUUCUAAUUUUAUUUCAGCCUUUUAAGUGUGUUUCUCUUGUCUCUACCACACAAGAGGAAGAACGGGGAAGACGGGGGAAGGGAAGCUGUAGAAAAAUAGCUGUCUGAAGUCACCCAUUGUCUUUUUCAAGGGCUAAAAUUAAUCCUCCUUUAGUGACCGGGAAAUCUCUUGAUGGGUCUCUGAAAUUUGAGGAAUAUACAGAAAGGAGGGAGGAGGAACCCUGCACUAAUUUUGUGCUAGGGUUUGGAAAGACCUAUCUCCUCAGUCCUCUGCUUCCCCCUCUAGAUGCUACUGUUGGAUAUACAGCUCACCUGCGCUAGGUGACUGGGAUAUCCUUUUGGGGGGGGGGGAGGUUGCCUGAGGAAGCAUGGCUCAUCAAUAUUUGAGAAACAGAAAUGCUGCUUCAUAGUCUCUAGGGCAGUUUUUCUGUUAGGUGGAUGGUUGUGAAGUUAGGAAUGUGACCAGUGCAAAGAUUGGGGGGGGGGGGGCUCUUCCCUCAGUAGCACAAGUAUUGUCCAUCUACAUGUGUGGCCAGUUACAUUUUUUUAAAAAACACUCAAAAAUGGCAGCAUGGGGAGAAGCUUAAAAUGGUGGUAGGCUUUCCAAGAUCAUUUCAAACAAGGGAAUCUCCUAGCCUUAGUGAUACAUGGAUGUGCUUGCUUUUUAUUUUAUUUUAUUCUAUUAGGAUUUUAGCAGGUUGUUAAGUAUGUUUUCUUUUUGCUACCAGAGGAAAAAUAAUAACCUGACACCUGAUCUUUUUCCAGUUAAUUCAUAUUUGCUGAUAACCUGUUCCUUUCCUCACAUGACAACAUUAAAUAUUCACUAUAUGACAAUCAAUGUGAUCUCUUUAAGGGCUUCAGCGUUCUUAGUUCUGUAGCAUCAUGUAUUUUUUAAAGUUCAGUUUUGCCCCUUUUGUUUCUUUUUCUUUCUUUCUUUUUUACAAAUAAUUAUGAUGAAGAAGAAAAUGGAACGGAAAGAAUUCCGGCAGCGCAUAUGUGAUUACAUUUCUUUCUUUCUUUUUAAAAUAAAGGUCGUGGUUGGAUUUGGGGGUGGGGGUGGGGAAAUUUGGCCAGUUCUGCUGUAGUUGCCAGUCUUGUUCUCUUUUAAUGCCUUGACAUGUACAUUUUGACAGCACAGCUUGACAAUUUUAAGUAAUAAUCAAAGUGUCUGGUGGUAAUAACUUGCAUUAUUGUGCUAAGAUGAAAGUUGGUUUUCCCUAGUGCAUUGUCAAAGAGGGCUGGAGGCAAACUUCCUUUUUCUCUUCCUCUUCUCUCCCUGCCCCCCACUUGCCUGCUUCAGUAUUCUACAAGCACAUUGGUGAAGGAUGUGCAGUAUUUUUUGCAGGGUUGGGGGAAAUGGAGUGCCAUUUCCCUGUGAAGAAGUGACAACAGGUUCUUGCUGACCGUUGGAUCAAGUUGCCACCCUCCUUAAGGACACAGAUCUCUUUUUCUUUUAGCUUCAAAAUACAUAACCCCCGCCUCCAAAUUCUACUCUUCAUGCUUAAAAACUGAUCAGUGGAUUUCCUCCUUCAAUCCAGCCAAACAAGGAAGUUUCUCUCCAACCACCUUUCUCCGAAGCACUUGCUUUACAAAUAAAUAAGCACUUUUGUUUUAAAAGCAUGAGGAUCUAGUUCCCCCUUUUAUAGCAACCCAUAGGAAAAAGGCCAGCAAGGGGAAAUGGGAUUAGGAGGACAAAGUGUUUAUUUAUUUUUUCUUUUUCUUUGUGUGGGGUGGGAGGGUGGAGAAUUCUUUCAGUUAAAUUUCGUGUCUCUAGAGAAUUAAUGAACAAAGGGAAGUUGUGUUUAAAAAAAAACAGCACAAAUACAUUUCAGCUUGACAAGUGUAUUUGCACUGCCAUUGUUAGAUAAAUGGGCCACCCACCCUGGGAGCCCAGCUGAGCCAUAUAACUAUUGACAAACACUGAAUGUAAAUGUCCUUGUAGAGGGCAAGUACUGGGAAGCUAUAAAUUGAUAUUAUAUUCCAAAA